AUGGCGGGGAAAGUGGAUAAGACGAAGAAGCUGGAGCCUGUGCCCAAGCCGGAUGAGAAGCUCUACAGGGACCGCAUCCAAGCCGAGACAGCGGCCAUUGAUGAGUUGAAGGCGAAAAUCAAUGAACUCCAGCAAAAGAUUUCCGCCGUCAUUGGCGGCAGGGAGGAGUACAACAUGGAGAAGCAAAACAGGCAGGCACGCCUUGAUGCUCUGCAGAAAGAAAUCGAUCAGCUGGAGGAUAAACGCAAAGUCCUAUUUGAAAAGAUCCAGUUGAAGCAGAAGGAGGGCGCCGAUUUGGUGAGACAAAGGCUUCACAAAAGAUAA